GUAUUCUGGAGAUAACUGCUGUGGAUGUUGGAAUCGUUGCCAUCAAGGGCCUGUUCUCUGGCAGAUACCUGGCCAUGAACAAGAGGGGCAGACUUUAUGCAUCAGAGAGCUACAACGCCGAGUGUGAGUUUGUGGAGCGCAUCCACGAGCUGGGCUACAACACGUACGCCUCGCGGCUGUACCGGACCGUGCCCGGCCGGGCGGGCAGCCGGCGCAGAGCCAGCGCAGAGAGACUCUGGUACCUCUCCAUCAACGGCAAGGGGCGACCCCGCCGGGGCUUCAAGACCCGCAGGACACAGAAAUCCUCUCUCUUUCUGCCCAGGGUGCUGGACAACAAAGACCACGAGAUGGUCCGGCUGUUCCACGGCAGCGCCAAAUUCCGGGAGAGUCUCCUGAGGGCGCCCAGCAGGAACCAGCGCAGGAGGAGAGGGCACUGAUGGAGCUGCUGGAGGGGCUGGCAGGGACUGAGCCUUCAGAGAGCUACCAAAGGACUCACAGCUGUGAUUGUACCAGGGGCAUGAACACUGACAGGUUUUAUACUCUCUGUGAUAGAACCAAACCCCACAUCGCUUGCUUGUAGCUGUUGUAGGUUUUUUACCUGUGGGGAAGGAGAUGGGAGGUAAGCUGAGGCACAGUGAAAGGUAGAUCAGCUGGGUGUAAUAAUUUUGCAAUGACAUUCAUGCUUUCUUUUCUUAAAAAAAAAAAAAAUUCAAUAUUCAUUUCGAACGUAUUUUCAUUCUAACCUGCCAUAGGCUAUUAUCUCAGUGUUGCCCUCCCAGACCAUAUGGAUAUUUAACACUUACCAAAUUCAUGUCCACAGAGAAGGUACAGUGCUUUCAUGGCUCUUCUGGCCUUGAGAGGCUACAUUCUUAUUUUUACAUAACAUAGGAGUUAGAAAGCUGGUGGUUUGUUUCUUUUAAUUUACAUAUAUUUAUUUUAUGACCACCCAUUAUCAAUUAUACUUUUUCCAAGACUGUCCAAGAAAAGUAGGACUGUCAGCUACUUCAAACAUUUCAAGAGACCUGCACAUUACCAGAUUAUGUUUGGCCUUGUGCUCUUCAUUUCCCAGAGUUGGGCCCUAAUAGUUGAGAGCUGGAAAAAGGAAAGAUUGCAAUGAAAUAAAUGCUCCAUCUGAAUUUAACAAAAGAUCUGUAAGUUAAAUCUGACAUUACAGAGAAACAGACAGAUUUGAAUCCCAUUGCUGGUCAUAUUGAAAAAAGAGUUCUUGUGGGCUGCUUUUGAAUAGACCCAUUUAAAUGUGCUCAUUUAAAACUAGGUAGGGAAAAAUCUUCCUUUCAGGAGGAGAUGAAAUCUGUGAGAGAGAGAAGUAAGAUGAGUUCACAGAAUGAGGUGACCAAGCCUGGGUUUAGCACUGCUUACAUCUCCAUAAAGGUAAAACCAGAAAGGUGUUUUUAUACCAAAUAAUGUGUUCCAUUCCUUCCACCCUCCUAUCUUUUCUGUAAAAUUCUAAAAGAAGGAGGAAAGUAUGUUUCAAUAAGAAAGUCAAAGUUCCUUGAUCUCCGUUCUUUUUUGUACUAAAAUAAUGUAAAAAGCCCUUUCAAUGAUGUACAUUAAAUAAUGGUGCACACAGAAUAGACCUAGGUUUAAAGAAGAGCAGGGAAAACCAUGACCCAUGGCUCCCAAAUUUUCCAAAAUAACAAAAAAUAGUUUUUACAAAAUAACAGAAAUGGGAUCUUCAUGGAGUUAACCAGGCAGCCUCAUGUCAGGAGCCACUGUGCAAAGAUGAAACAGAGAGACUGAAGAGGAAGCAGAAAAAUUCAGGUUUUCUCUUUGUUCACUGUCCUGCCAACCACACAAGGCCCAAACUGCUGCAGGAUCCAAGGUGCCUUCUGAAAGGGAAGAAAAUUAAGUUUUGCCUCCUGGGCAUCAGGGCUGUUUUGGGGACACUCUUGGUUCUGCCAGCUCCCUGUCCAACUCCCAAUUGCACUUCCACUGGAGGUGGGAGAUGACUGGGCAGGAAAGGGGGAUACAGGAGCCCUCCCAGCUCUCCAGCUCCAGGAGCAAAAUGCAAGGGAAGGAAAGUGUCAGCAA